AUGAUAAAGAAUAUUGUCGUUUUCUUUCUUUUCACGGUGGCUUUAGUGGGGGCUGAGGUUCCAAGGGUCGCGUUACCACCACCAGGACCUUCUAGAUAUUACAUUCAUGUGGUUAACGGGCUAAGCAAACUUGGGUUGCUUGUGCAUUGUCAGUCUAAAGACGAUGACUUGGGGUAUCAUCGUUUGCUUAAUCAUGGAGAUGAUUACCAAUGGAACUUCAAGGUUAACUUUUGGGGAACAACCCUCUAUUGGUGCAAAUUGGAGACGCCACAUGCGUAUGUCUCUUUUGAAAGCUUUUGGCCUGAACAGCAGCACUUAUGGCUCCGUGAUAGGUGCAAACAUGGAACU